AUGGAAAAACACAAUGUCACUGUUGUGAAGGAAUUCAUCCUGAUGGGCAUCACCACACGUCCUGAGCUGCAGGCUCCAUUAUUUGGGCUGUUCCUCAUCAUCUGCUUAAGCUCAGUGUUGGGAAAUUUGGGCAUGAUCAUCCUCACCAUGGUGGACUCCAGGCUACAAACCCCCAUGUUUUUUUUUCUCAGACAUCUGGCUAUUACAGAUCUUGGUUACUCUACAGCUGUGGUCCCCAAAAUGUUAAAUUUUGUUUUCAAUCAAAAUACGAUCUCCUAUUACCUUUGUGCUACACAGCUAUCUUUCUUUCUUGUUUUUAUUAUUAGUGAAUUUUUUAUUCUGUCUACAAUGUCCUAUGACCGCUACGUGGCCAUCUGUAACCCUCUCCUCUACACUGUCGUCAUGUCGCAAAGAGUAUGUUGGCUACUGGUGGUAAUUCCCUAUAUCUACUGCACAUUUGUGUCUCUUCUAGUCAUCACAAAGAUUUUUACUUCAUCUUUCUGUGACUACAAUGUCAUCAGUCAUUUCUACUGUGAUAGUCUCCCCUUGUUAUCUUUGAUCUGCUCAAAUACUCAUGAAAUUGAAAUGAUUAUUCUGAUCUUAGCAGCUUUUAAUUUGCUUUCAUCUCUUCUGAUCAUCCUUAUGUCCUACUUGCUUAUCCUUAUAGCCAUUCUCAGAAUGAACUCUGCUGAAGGCAGGCGUAAGGCAUUUUCUACCUGUGGGUCCCACGUAACAGUAGUCAUUGUCUUCUAUGGAACUUUGAUAUUUACGUAUGUGCAGCUGAAGUCCAGUCACUCCUUUGACACUGAUAAAGUGGCUUCCAUCUUUUACACCCUGAUUAUCCCCAUGUUGAAUCCCUUGAUUUAUAGUUUAAGGAACAAAGAUGUAAAAUGUGCUCUACAAAGUACAUGGAAAAAGAUAAGCAAUUUUUUUUUUGUAAAUGAUAAAUCCAAUAUGAAUCCUAAAAUUCAGAAUUAG